AUGGAAUCCAUCAUCGCCCAAGCCCGAUCGCUUGCUGGAGAAGCCGAUGGGGCAGGCCGGGCUAAGAUCCGGGAUGCUAUCCGUCAGCUCCUGUUAGAAUUGGAGACGCUCAACGACUUGCUCAUGGACAUUUCAACAAUCACUGGCAGAUUGCCGCCGUUCGUCUCGGUAUUGAAUCGGGGUUAUUCCAGUCACGUUCCCAAAGCGAGAUACCUCUGCAGGUGGAACCAAGUCGCCGAGAAAACCGGUGCGAGUCCUCAAUUAUUCGAAUGUAUACUUCUCUAUCUUGCGUCAAAUGGCUUCGGCAUAGAAGCAAAUCAUGGGAAGUUCAAAGCAAACAGAGCAAUCCAUACUCUGGUAAGUCAGAUUGCCGAAGCCUUCAUUUACCAUGCCUUCGACAAUUGUGGUCUGGACCCCAAAACCGAUGGAGUAGAAACCAUGACACAUGACAUCUUCCAGACACAGGUCGUCAAAGGCAAGUCCUGCAUCUAUACUCAGAACAACUGCCCCAGUAUCACACCGUCCCCGACCGACAUACAAAUAAACCCUCAAGGCGCCAAAUUCUACUACCUCCGUAGAAUCCUUCACGACUAUCCCGACUCCCAUGGUAUCCAAAUCCUUAAGAACCUACGCGUGGCAGAAUUCCAUGUCUAUGACAACUCAGACAACUUCUCGGUCAUCGUGAUGGAGCUGAGAUAA